AUGUGUUCAGAACCUGCCGAGCAAGAAGGGCAAAGUGCUAAUAUGGAACAAGGGAAGAGUUUCACUCUAUUGAUAGAAACUUCUAUUAAAAAGGAGGUAGAAUUCAGUCUUUCCUUAUCUAAGGAAGAUGGAUCUUCUCUAGUCUUUCUUAUAUGUGGUUGGUCCCGCCCAUUAGUUCUUAUAUAUGCCCUCAAGGAUUUAAGAAAAGGCCCUUUCAAGCCAUCUUUAUGUCCCCCGGUCCGGUACAAGGGCUCAAUUCAAUAUGAUAUAGGACAGGCCUUCUUUCCGCGCAGCGUAUCUGUGAAAAGAAUCGAUUCUAGUAAGUCAACUGAGUUCAGUAGUGAAGCAUUGGAAGCUCAAGUCCGGAAGUCAGGAAGCUUUACAGUGGCAUCACAGGAAUAA